AGUUUGCCUGCGUGUGUUUACCCAGGGGGAGAAUCCUGUGUUAGUCCCAGUGUCGUGUCUCCUGCCUGUCUCCUGGCUAGGGGGAUGUAUCCUGUUGACUAUCCUGCUGCUGAAGGCAGUCUGUUUAGCUCUGUGUCUGAGGACUGCAUGGCGGGGCUGGGAACAGACCACCUGCAUGGACAGGCCAGGUUCCAACCUCCACAGGCAUCCAAGGUGGAGGUAACACAGAGCAACAUGGUCAGGCUGCAGGUGUUUGAGGACCAGGCCUGCUUCCUUCUAGCUCUACACGCCUCUGAGGACGACCCUCAGGGUACAGCUCGACACGCCUCUGAGGACGACCCUCAGGGUACAGCUCGACACGCCUCUGAGGACGACCCUCAGGGUACAGCUCUACAUGCCUCUGAGGACAACGCUCAGGUGGUGGCCCUGCAUCUGCAUGGCCGGUGGUGGACCGUGGACGACGUGUUGAAGACCAGCCAGGACAGAAGCGGCCUUGUGCUGGUGCAGUCUGAGGUGGAAAGAGUGAUUCUGUUCCUGCUCAGCCAGCGUGUUGGAGAGAAGCUACCGGAAGAGGAGACUGUAUUCUCGCCUCACCCCAGGAUGGAGAUGAGUAAAAUGUUCUGGCUCAACAAAGAAGCAGUGGGAUUCUACACAGUCAAGCAGAAAGGAAGUCUAUGUGAUGGCUGCACCAGUCAGAGUUAUGUGCUUCCUGUCCUGGACACAGUGCUGGUGAGGGCUCAUGCAAGGAGGCGUGGCCUGGGCCUGCAAAUGCUUGAGGAUUUCUGCUCCUCUUUUCCCAGUGAGGUGACUCUGGGAGUCAGCGCUCCAAUAUCAGACAGCAUGGCUGCAGUGUGCAGGAAGUACCUUCAGCUACAUCCCAGCCAAAGGGAGCGUCUGUAUGAGGUGGAGCCCCCUGGAGGCUGGGGGCAAAGACGCAACAUCUGGCUCAACAUCCAGCUGCGACGAUGCGCUAACGACGAGAAGAACAGAGCAGGGGAGAAGAGAGCAGGAGAGGAGGAGAGCAGGAGAGGAGGAGGAGGAGAGAGCGAUGACCUGCACCUGAAGCAGGGGGGCAGAGUUCUGUCGCACGGCUGCGGUGCUGCUGGUGAUGUCGUGGCCCGGAUGAUGUUCACGCUGAGUAAUGUCAUUACUCUACCGCCUGGGAGGCCUGGGGAGUUGGAAGUGAGUGUUCUCUUCCGCUGUGGCUGGUUCAGGUUACCUCUGGCAGAAAGCUUCUCUCCUCUGACCUUCACCUUGGCCUGUAGAUCUGCCUAG